AUGGCCCUAGCUUCUCCCCUGGUUUUUGCCACUUUUCUGAACCUGACUGGCCACCAUAAGAUUGAAGGUGUAUGGAAGGAAUCUACCACCUUGCCAUGUGCCUAUGUGCCUGUGAAGGACUUUGUACAACAAAUACUCAAGUGGAUGGUGGUCCGUCACCAGAGCUCUGUCACCAUCUUUCGGAGGGAUGACUCUGGCGACCAUGUUCUCCUGUCUGAGUACAGGGACAGGGUCAGCGUCCUGAAGGACGUACCAGGGAAUGUGUCUCUCCAAAUCCUGAACCUGGAGAUGUCUGACAAGGGAACCUACAUUUGCCAGGUCACCUGGAGGGACAGCAAUAGCAGCCUGGUAGUAAGAGAGAUCACCACUGAACUGGAGAUUGUUAAAGUUGCAGCAACCAAGCCCAUCAUCAGGGCCGGCGAGCUGGGGCUGACAGUCCCAGCAGGAGCCAGGACCAGCCUGACCUGUGUGGCCACUGGGUCCCCCCCCAUCAGCUACCGCUGGUUCAGGGGCACCCCAGGAGGGGAAGCCCUGCUCCUGAGCAGCCAGGCUGAGCUGGCGUGGGACAGCCUGCAGCCCUCCGACACCGGGAAGUACUACUGCGAGGCGGAAAACAGGGUUGGGGCCGGGGCUGUGCAGCAGAGCGAUGCUGUUGAGCUGAUGGUGACAGAUCCUCCCGUUACAGUAGUGACUUUCGAGAAUGAUGUGGGAUAUCCAGAAAAGAAUUAUACAGCUCAAAAUGUGCAGACAACUCACCUGUCCCUGUUCCUGGUCAUCCUGAUUGUGGUGGUGUGUGCUGCUGCGGUUUUGCUUGUCAUCUUUCUUAUCAUUCGCAUUAGAAAGCCCAAAGAUGCUCAGACCUAUGAAGUACAAUUCCAUAACUUGAGAGCAGCAGCUGCUUCAAGGUGUGAAAGUACAGUUUAUGAGGAACCCAUCUCCUCCACUGAGAACAACUAUGUGGUGGAGCCUGUGAAAGACAAAAGAUCUGAAGAAAUAAGUAUGAAAAAGAAUGACUAUGACUGUGCUGGAAACACCAUGGAAUCUGAAUAUGAACCUGAGAUGCAGCAGCAGAAAUUGCAGAACAACGAGUCAUACUGGUCACUUCGCCCAAGUUGCGAUGCUCGGAAGUGUGUCAUGUCCAGUAUUGUGGAAGAAAGGUGGGGUCCUGCAGGAGGAAGGGCUACAGCGAGAAAGCAGUACAUUCAACCCAAAGCCGAGACAUACUUUAUUAUGAUAAACCAGGCAGGACUCGAAUAUAGCUAUUGGCUUCUUGGUGGCAGAUGGGGUACAGACAGUAUGAACAGGUACCACACCAGUAGCUUCAACAAAAAAGCCAAGAAGAAAAGGCAGCAAAAAUCAAGUUUCCACCAUACCAGCAAGGACAUGCUCUGCAAGAAGGGUUGUGCUGCUGCCUUCAUUGUCUUCCUCAGCAGGAUGACAACUGGUGGUACACCUACAGAGCACACCCAGAAUGUCUCCUGGAUUAAAGUUCAUCUGCUAAUAGUCAUGUUGCCCAAAGAAGCUGUGGAUACCCCAUCUCUGAAAGAGUUCAAGCCCAGGCUGAAUGGGGCUUUGAGCAAGCUGAUCUAG